AUGAAGAGCCUGAAGGCCAGGUUCAAGAAAGCGGACAGCCAGGACUGGACCAAGAGCGAUGAGAAGCUCCUGCAAGCUGUGGACUACAAUGAUGCCGGGAGGGUGACAUCUCUCCUCGUCCGCAAGGGCCUGGUCCCCACCAAGCUGGACUCGGAGGGCAAAUCCGCGUUCCACCUGGCCGCCAUGCGGGGAAACGUGGACUGCCUCGAAGCCAUGCUGGCUCACGGCGUGGAUGCCAUGACCAAGGAUAGCUCGGGUUACACUGCCCUGCACCUGGCGUCCAAGCAUGGUCACCCACAGUGUGUCAGCAAGCUGUUGCAGGCCUCCUGCCCUGUGGAUGUAGCCGACGGCAGCGGCCAAACAGCGCUGCACCACGCAGCGGUCAGCGGCUGCAUCUCGUGCUCGGAGAUCCUCUGUGAUUUUAAGGCUCCCUUGAACAUCAAGGACAAGGAUGGCUCCACACCGCUGAUCCUUGCUGCUAAGAUGAGCCACUCAGAGCUUUGCCGGUACCUGCUGCACCGCGGCGCGGCUGUCAACAGCCGGGACCUGCAGGGGAGGACAGCCUUGAUGCUGGCCUGCGAGAACGGCAGCGUGGAGACGGUGGAGGUGCUUGUCAACGCCGGUGCCCGGGUGGCCGUGGUGGACUCCACAGGUCACGAUGCCGUGCACUACAGCCUGGCCACGGGCAACGCUCUCAUCCAGCACUUCCUGCAAGAGGCUGCUCAGCGCCGGUCCUGGGCCAGCGAAGAGGAGUCAACUGAGCAGACGUCCCAGACGUCUUCGCCCAGCCAGUCAUCCAUCAGGGAGAAGAGCAGCACCCCGAGGAAGAGGAAAGCCCCUCUGCCUCCCCUGGGCACCCCCAGCCAGGCAAACUUCUCCAGCUUUGCCCGUGCCGGGGGCUGGGCAGAGCUGCUGCUCUCCAAGAAGACGCUGAGCCCCUCGGCCGAGGAGCUGCUGGCCACGCUGCAGGGGCAGGUGCAGUCCCUCACCGUGCAGAACAAGGAGCUGAGGGAGAAAAUACAGGUGCUGGAGAACUACGAGCGGGACGAGAGCAACCCGUCCACCCCGGGGGAC